GCCAGUGCCAGCGUCUCUCCUGUGACUGAAAGAGGAAGAAGGGACACUGCCUGAGCUGUCCAGGACCCGCAGGCGGCAGAUGGAGAGCCGGCCCCCGCGGUGGGGGGCCCCGCUGGGCAGCCAGAGCCCUCCCGGCCCCCUCCCGGCCCCCCGGCUCCUGGGUGUGCUCCUGCUGCCCUGGUGCCUGCAGCUGGCAGGAGGUCAGUCUGUGGCCCAGGAUGGCCUCCCCAUUGUGGUCUCCCUGGCCAACACAGCCGUGUGCUUCAGCUGCAAAAUCACUUACCAGUACACCCCCAAGUUCAAGAACUUCACAGUCAGCUACUUUUAUGUAGAUCUUAACGGGGUGAGGAGCCCUGAGGAGCGGAUUACCUGCCAGCCUGGCCCAGGCAUAGAGAACCAGACCUACAAACUGGACUGCCAGGUCACCCCCAAGCUGCCGGACGCAUCGGCCACUGGCACCUACUACUGCCACGUCAGUUGGCAUGACUACGUGGCGCAAAGCUGUGGCAUCUUCAUCCUGGUCAGAGACACUGGGUACCGAACGCCUCCUCCGAGUGCCCAGAAGGGCCUGCUGUUCGCCUUCACGGGCAUCCUGACUGCGCUGAGCCUCGUGGGCACGGCCCUGCUGCUCUGGAAGAAGAAACAGAUACGGGCCCUGGGGAAGUGCCCCACUGAGAACUGCCCUGACCCGAAAUCGGCCGGCAGCGCCCACCAGCCCCCCGCGGAAUCCAUCUACACGGCCCUGCAGCGCCAGGACACCGAGGUCUACGCCUGCAUCGAGAGCAAGGCUGACGGCCCACCUUUCCCCCAGAGCCCUCCCUCUCAGGGGAGACUGCAUGGAUAUGAGGAUGACAGUGAAUUUAACCUGGUCUAUGAAAAUUUCUAGGAUGUGCUUCAGUGCCCUGGCUCUGAGCCUGCAGUGGAAGCCCCAGACAGCCCUCCCUCCAGGACUGAGCUGUACCAGGCCAGCCCCCAGCCCUCGCCCCUCCACUCCUGGCCACCCAGCGCCUCACAUUGUUGAGCCUUUGCAGGGCUGUUCCCUCUGCCAGGCAGGCCCUUCCCCACCCUAUGCCCCACAGCAGAGUUCCAUGCAGCCUUCAAGAGCUCGCUCAGACACUGCCUGUCCCCAGGUCCUCCUCACCCCUUGCUGGUCUCUCAUGGUGCCUGUACCAUGGCCCACAAGACAGACCAUGAGUGGCCUAAGGGCCCCAGACCUCGCAUGGCCCUUGUCAGUGCUGCGCAUGGGCACCGGGGAGCUGGCGAGUAGAUGGGCGACUGUGACCCAGCGGCCAGCCAGGCUGAAGGCCCCGUACUGGUGUGGUCAUGUGGGGUGUGGGCAAGAGAAGCUCAGGCCAGAUGUGCAGGCCGAGGAGGUGGCUGGGUGCUUGUCAGCCUGGUGAGAAAAAAGAUGUCUGGGGUCGGGGCAGAGGAAGGAGGUGCUGGCUGAACAGGAGCUGGACCCCCAGCACUGCACUCACGUCCAUCCGGGAGCGGCAAGGCACUCCUCAGGCCCCAGCUGCUCCUCCAUCUACUCCAGAGCCCCAGGGUGCCCUCCGUCUGUCCAGGCCUGUCCUCGCCACCUGUGGCUUCAUCCCGUCCCCUCCCAUCUUUACCUGCCCAACACCGACCACCCAGGCUCCUGCGGACUGAGGCCAGACCAGCUGCCUCUGGGUUCUGCUCCUGCACCCGUGUUGCACAAACUCCGGCCACUUGAAGCCAUUUCUGCAGCUCCUAAUGUCCAUGUCACUCUGCAACAUAAAGAGACCCAUCCCCUCUGUUCCCCUGGCCGGCAGAGAAGGGUCAUGGCCACCCAGGCUGUCAGGUUCUGCCCCUCCCCCCUUCAUUGUCCCACUGUUUGCUCAUUCGUGAAAAAGGCUGGUCCAUCCUCCCUCCCCACCACCUGGCUGCCCCGAAGCUCCCUGACUGCUCUGGUCCCCAAGCCCCAAAUGUGCCUGGUGUGGGAGGGUGCCCAAGGUGCAGGCCUGAACCUGGCCCCAGCAGCGUGGUCCACCUUCUGCGCUGCAGGGAUAGAAAGGCAGCAAGGUAGUCGGGGAGCACAGACUGGCCUCUAGUCAAAGUCCCCUGGAGCUUUGCUGGUGUGGCAUUAGGCCCCCCGGGUCUGCAGGUUGGCCAGCGGCCUCCCUGCUUGGUUCUGGGCCUUGGCCUGUGAGGAUAGCCCGCGAGGGCUCUUAGUGGUUAUGGGGCUGAGUGGAGGAGCCAGUUCUCCAGCAGGGUUGAACUUCAGGCCAGUUUAAGAGGAGUGAGUCUCGCUGUGUACAGAGCUGCCUGCCAGGCUCCCGACUCCCACAGUCUGAGGUGGGGGCUGGGUUGGCAUGGGGGGGGCAGUGCUGCUCAGGAUAUAAUGAACCCCCCUAGGAAGAUGGAGCCCACCUUCCUGGGCUUCCUUCCCUACCUCCUGGGCUUGCUCUCCUCAGCCCCUGGACAACAUGACUCCUUUUCCAGGGGUAGUGAGGGGACCUGGGGGGAACUUUGCUGCUUUGCCCUGGCCCAGGCCCAGGCCCAGGCCCCACCCCCACCGCAGCCUCCCUGGAGCUGCUCUUCCUUCCCUGCGUCCCUCUUCUCAAAGCAGCCAGGUCUGGGCCAGCUCGGUGGUGUGGAGUUUAAGGUAGUUGGAUGCCUCAUGACUGAUCUCACAGUUCAAGUCCUGAACCCGGCAGCCUGAAAAACACACCAGGCAUGUGUGUGUGUGCCCAUGAAUCCGAAGAGGAGAAGGGAUUGUGAUGUGAUGUGGCCACUCCCCCGGGGGGUGAUUUCUCACUUUCCUUCUCUUUCUCUGUUGAGCGCACAUGCCCUAUACCAAAAAUUAAAACAAAAACAAAUGAAAAUAGCUAGAUUUCCUGGUAAAACUGACACUGGGGGCUGGACGGUGGCAGAAUAGCACUCUGCAAGGCUGACCACAUGGGAGAGUGCUGGGUUUGUGUCCGGAGACCUCCCUGAGUGCACCGCACGUGUGGGCCUGUGAGCCAGGGCCGGCUGAAGCUGGAGGUGGCCCAUGGCCAGGACUCUGUGUGGGUGCUGUCUAUCGCUCUUUCACUCACAGAAGAAAUAAGCUUUUAAAGAAAAAAGAUUGAUGUUUUUCCCCCUCGCCUGUUCAGAACCUCACAGUUUCCACCUCACUUGAAUUAAAAUCCCAGCUCCUCCCUGGGGCCCAUGAGGCCCUCGGGCACUGACCUAUCA